ACUGCUCGUUCCUGUAUGGAGAAGACCAAUGCUACGGAAUCUGAUCUGAUGCACCUUCGCAGUGAUCCACCUUUCCCGCAUAAGGCCGCUUGUAUCGUCACCUGUUUAUUAGAAAAAAUAGGCAUCGUGAAGGACCAAGUAUUCUCAAAAUCUGGCUUCAUGGUCAUCGUGGGUCCGCUGGUCUUUCAAAAUAAGAAGAAAUUGGAUCACAUGAAGACUGUCUCCGAGAAUUGUGAUAAAGAGAUAAAAAGCGAUGAAGAUUCUUGUAAACUUGGUAAUGAAAUACCUCAGUGUAUUUUCAAAUACGCCCCCGAACUACAUUUCAAGAGUUAA